AUGUGGAAACGGGCAGUCAGCUCACCUAUUGCUGGCAGCUACUGCGUGGGCAAUGCGUGGCGAGUCUUCUCCCAUUCACUGGUUCUGGCGUGUGCAGCUGAAGCACUGGUGGGAAUGGGACAGGGAGGCUCCGAUGGUACCGCCAACGACAAGGUGAACUGUCCCACCAAGAGUGGCUGCGUGACUCCCUGGACCGCCUUCCGCUGCGCUGGAAACGAACGAUCACCCGGGCAUAUCGAGUGGUGCUGGGCUGUUACAGACAACCGACGCAAGCCUCGCUGCUGGGAUGGUGGUGGACGCUGGGUGCAGAUACCAACGUGGGCCUUUUUCUUUUCUAUGAGCUGUUGCUGCAGUCAAUCCGAGACCACUUGCACUACAAGUGGCACAUGGAAAGGCAUGCUCACGGAUUGUGCCUUGCUGGGCAUUCGCCGGUUUGUUUUGUUGAAGUGUCAGGCUGCCCUGGCAAAAGCACAGGCGGACGCGGAGGAGGCGUGA